GGGCCUGGCGGUUGCCUAGCAGCGGCUAGGCUGGGCGGGGGCGGACAGCCGGGGGCGGUGAUCCGGGCGCGGCGGGGGCGGGGCCCGGAGGCGGGGUUUUUGUGGGGUGGGGCCUUCAGCGGCUAUAAAAGCAGCGGCCGCCGGGCGCCGCGCUCUGUGGUCCUGGUCUGCGCGCCUUUUCCUGUUGCUGCAGUUGUCGCUUUCCUCACCGCCACCCGUGCCCCUGCUCUGGUCUGUGGUGUAGCCGGGACCCAGGACCAUGUCGCUUUCACGCUCGGAGGAGAUGCACCGGCUCACGGAAAAUGUCUACAAGACCAUCAUGGAGCAGUUCAACCCCAGCCUCCGCAACUUCAUCGCCAUGGGCAAGAACUAUGAGAAAGCACUGGCAGGUGUCACCUUCGCUGCCAAAGGCUAUUUCGAUGCUCUGGUAAAGAUGGGGGAGCUGGCCAGCGAGAGCCAGGGCUCUAAGGAACUUGGGGACGUCCUCUUCCAGAUGGCUGAGGUGCACCGGCAGAUCCAGAACCAGUUGGAAGAGACGCUGAAGUCUUUUCACAAUGAGCUGCUCACGCAGCUGGAGCAGAAAGUAGAACUGGACUCCAGGUAUCUAAGUGCUGCACUGAAGAAAUACCAAACGGAACAGAGGAGCAAAGGGGACGCCCUGGACAAGUGUCAGGCUGAGCUGAAGAAGCUCCGCAAGAAGAGCCAAGGGAGUAAGAACCCUCAGAAGUACUCAGACAAGGAGCUGCAGUACAUCGAUGCCAUCAGCAAUAAGCAGGGCGAGCUGGAGAACUACGUGUCUGACGGCUACAAGACAGCACUCACUGAGGAGCGCAGGAGGUUCUGCUUCCUGGUGGAAAAGCAGUGCGCUGUGGCCAAGAACUCUGCUGCUUACCAUUCCAAGGGCAAGGAGUUGCUGGCCCAGAAGCUGCCUCUGUGGCAGCAAGCCUGUGCCGACCCCAACAAGAUCCCAGACCGUGCUGUCCAGCUGAUGCAACAGAUGGCCAAUAGCAAUGGCUCCAUCCUUCCAAGUGCCCUGUCAGCUUCCAAGUCCAACCUGGUCAUCUCAGAUCCCAUUCCUGGAGCCAAGCCCUUGCCAGUGCCACCUGAGCUGGCACCAUUUGUGGGGCGGAUGUCUGCUCAGGAGAAUGUACCUGUCAUGAAUGGCGUCGCAGGCCCGGACAGCGAGGACUACAACCCCUGGGCUGACCGAAAGGCUGCCCAGCCCAAAUCCCUGUCUCCCCCGCAGUCUCAAAGCAAGCUGAGCGACUCGUACUCCAACACACUCCCCGUGCGCAAGAGCGUGACGCCGAAGAACAGCUAUGCCACCACUGAGAACAAGACACUGCCACGUUCAAGCUCCAUGGCAGCUGGCCUAGAACGUAAUGGCCGCAUGCGGGUCAAGGCCAUUUUCUCCCACGCGGCCGGUGACAAUAGCACUCUGCUGAGCUUCAAGGAGGGCGACCUCAUCACGCUGCUAGUGCCUGAGGCCCGUGACGGCUGGCACUAUGGGGAGAGUGAGAAGACCAAGAUGCGGGGCUGGUUCCCCUUCUCCUACACCCGGGUCCUGGACAGUGACGGAAGUGACAGAUUGCAUAUGAGCCUGCAGCAGGGCAAGAGCAGCAGCACAGGCAACCUCCUAGACAAGGAUGACCUGGCCCUCCCCCCUCCUGACUACGGCACGUCCUCCCGGGCAUUCCCCACCCAGACAGCCGGCACAUUCAAGCAGAGACCCUACAGCGUGGCCGUUCCUGCCUUCUCUCAGGGUCUGGAUGACUACGGGGCACGGUCUGUGAGCAGCGCGGAUGUCGAAGUGGCCAGAUUUUGAGCUGCCCCUGACUAGAGUUAGUAAGUUGCCCUGGUCUUUUGCCCAUCUGUCUGCAUCUAUAAUGGCUAUGCCUAGACCCUCUCUGGCCUGAGUCAGGACAGCCUCCACAGGAAGGGUCUGGGCCUGGGCAGGGCUUGGGAGCCUGCUGAGAUGCCUUGCUCCGGGCGCUGGGCCUUCCUUCCACCAGUUCCCUCCUCUGGCUUGUGGUUCACCUACCUUCCUUCCGCCUGGAGGCUUGUGGUUCUAACCCUGCUCCAUCGCUGCCUUCGCUGCGGAAUAUGGAGCUGGCCUAGAUCUGUUCUCUCCUACCCUACAGGGUGGUUCGUCACAAUCAUCGGGUGGCCUGGGGGAACAGCCUCCUCCCAGUCAUGCAGCAUGUACCUGGGUAUUCAUGUGGGAUACCAUGGGGUUGGCCAUGAGUCCAGCUGUUGAGUACCACAGCUGAACUGAGCCUAGGUCAGGUGACUUCUGCCGUCAGAUCUUGCCUCUCCUGGUUCCCUCCACCUCCCCUUAUGGCUACAAGACACUGGCCUGUUGCUUCUUCCCUUGGUACUGGAGAAGUGGGCCGAGGUACACCACUUGGGGCAGGGAGGAGGACACUGCUGGGCAUUGUCCACCACGGUGCAAGGGGCUUUUAUUCCCUUCCCACACCAUGGAGCGGGUGGCAUGAGAAGCCUUGACCUGUGUGUGUCCCUUAGCAAGAGUGGUCAUUAUCUCCCUGAUAGUCACAAUGAUGUAUUUCAGCCCAGAACUCUCUGUUGCCUUCCUGGGUGUCUGUAAUGUGAAUUCUGGAGUAAAGUUCUGCUAAGGUUUACAGAGAGAAUGAAAUGUCCUUGGCAGACUCUAAGCCGGCCACCUUCUCCUGCCUCUGUCUCCACAUCCAAGAUGUUCCCUGGGAGGUGUACUUCUCCUGCCCAGCCUGGCAGACCCCCUACCUCACUGCCCACUGGGUCCCACUAAGCCAGUUAGGAGCCAUGAGAAAAGGCUCAGAAAAGCUGGUGUAGCCUCUUCUGGGGACCAGGUCUCUUGUGUGUGCUAGGACUGAGACUUGGAUGUGGUAGGCAUAAGGCAGAUGGGUUUGCUAGUUCAGCGCAGUGCUGCUGCGACCCUCCAAGCAGCUCCUGGCCACAGACUGCCUAGCCUUCCAGCUCACCUAGUGGGAUUGAAGGGUGCCCCAAAGCUACCUGUGGUUGCUGAGAGUUCUGAGGGAUCCCCAGCCCUGUGUAGGUAGAAGAAAUGGAAACCCACAGGUGUGCACAGGUCCUCCGUGGGGACUUGUUCUUGGUGGUAUCCAUGCUCUCGCUCCAUGGCUGACAGACUACUGCAGUCCAGCCUCUCAAGGUUUCUGGUACAGCGUUGUUCACAGAUGGAUGCAGGAAGUCCAGGGAGAGAACUGAUGGGGGCCCCGCUACCCCACCUGCUUCCCACCACACUGCCAGAUCCAUUUGGCAUGGAUGUCACUGGUCAUCCCUGGAUGCCUGGUCCUCCUUUCCCCAGUUGGUGCAGCUUCAGAUGUUGAGUCCUCCCACUCCUGGAGAUAGGCUGUGUGCCGGCCAUGCCCCCUUCAGGUUAAUUUCACUAGUCUAGUUGGAGUCUUUGGAAGGAAACAUGUCCCCAGAUUCUGCUAACAGGAACAUGUACAGAGCAAAACUUUGUAGUGGCUUUGGUAUCUGUAGAUGGUUCUUUGUGCUCCAAGUGGUCCCAUGGCUUUGUGAGGAGGAGAGAAGAAAAUGUCUCAGAGCCUCUUGGGUAGGGCACUCUGGAUCGGAACUUUCACUCUGGUCCUAGCUGGUAAUAGAUGUCGGUGAGUAAUGGCGCGAGCCAAGCACGGCAGGUGUGAGGCGUGUUCUGUAGGUAUCUCAGCCGUUCUGCCCUGCUACCUGGGGCAACCUGCUAGUCGCUCUACUCUAUCCCAUUCCCUCAACAGGACAACCCGUCCUUAUUCCAAGCCUCCCCAGAGCUGUCGCCCUCUUUGGGAGCCCUUCUGUAGACUCUGGAGUGGGCCAAGGGCAGCCUGGCCAUGCCAGAGGCUGCAGCUAGCAAUGGCCAGGGUCUGUAUCUCACCUGUCAGUCAGCCCCUCUGCAGCCACCUUGAGGGACUGCAGCCACCAGCACAAAAGCAGAGAGAGGUGUAGCCUGGCCUGGGACGGCUCCGGCUACAGGCAUAGCAGAUAGUGGCCCUUAAUCCCUGGCUCUCAGCAGAGGCGAGUAGCAGUGGAAACACAGACACCACCUGGGAGGGGACAGGGACCUGGGCCUCUCUCCGUGCUUCACCUUUAAAACCUCUCAGUCGAAGUGUUUGAGAUUUUUAGAAAAUGUCCUCUUCAGGAAAAUGUAGGGUGAGACUCUACCUAUGUAGGUCUUCUCAGGAAGCCUGAAUGGAGAGCCUGCUAGCCCACCCUGGGCCUGCCACCAGCCCCGGGCUUCUGAGAACCCACCAGGGCCAGAGGUGACCCCAUUGCAGGUAAUGGCUGUAGAGCCAAGCGCGCUUCCCUAGGAGUGCAGUCCUGUGCCUUGCGAGCCCCCAUGUCCACAUGCCAUCUGUGCUGUUACUGUGGAGCUGCCUGGCCCUUCCCACCUGCUGCCCUGUGCUGUUCCCACUGGAGUGGGUCCUCCCAAGCCUGACAGGGACAGCAGAAGAGGCUGCCGGGAGGGCUGGGCUGGGGCAGCCCGUCUGUGCCCAUCCAUUCCAUCUCCACGUCUUGUCUUGAGUCAUGUUUGUGUAUCAGCUGUGGCCCGAAGGGCACUUGGGUGGCGCAGCCACCUCUCAGGGAGAUGGCUAGUCCCUCAGCAAAGGACCUGGCCAUCUGGCCAAGGUCCCGGUGUCAGUCCCCCACCUGUGGAGUCAGGGCACAUGUACCUCAUGUCUGUCAUGUCUGCGUGUCUACAGCGUGCCUUCUACGGCGCCCUGCAUGCCUGGGCUGGUUUGUGUGACCUACUGGGCCCUGUGCUCUGCACGGGAGCAGAGCCACUCCUUGGACUCAGCCUGGGUGUGGGAGCUUACCAAACCACAGCGAGCCUUCCUUAAGAAUGGGGUCAUCCACCCCAGGUUGGGAAGGGAACAGCUGGUCCUAACCAUUCUGCCCACUCUGCUGCCUUUCCUGGAGCAUGUAAGGUGACAGUGGGUAGCUGUGCUAGGGGCUAACGGGUCUUGAGACAACACCCAGCUCGAUCCCUGGUUUCAAGAGUGGACCACUGGGCUCUAGUAGUAGGGGGGAGGGUCCCAGGAGCAGCCUGAUGGCCCAGCUUAGCCAGGGCACCAACCCAAACUGAAACUGCUCUUCUUUCCCCAGGAAUCCCUUCGCCAACGUCCAUCUGAAACCAACAGUGACCAAUGACAGAUCAGCCCCUCUGCUCAGCUGACGGGCUCCUCUGCAUCGACACUCUGUCCCCACCUGCCAGCUGAGGGUGAUCAGGGCAUGUUCCUGUCCAGAGAAGACCACAAUGCCCCACUCCCUAGCCUCGCCUCACAUCGGCCCAGCCUGGGCUGGAUCCCAGGUGUUCCUGGUGAGGUGGCUGCCUCAAGAGGCCGAUGCCCCAACAGAGGGGCCAGCACUUGGGCAACAGGGACCUCUGAUCCUAACUGUGGAACCUCGAGAGCCUCUGGACACAGAGAGGACAUUCUGCCGGCUUGCAGGGAAGGGAGCCUAUUCCCAUGCUGACUUUUAAACUUUUUUAUCUCACGUGUGUCUGGUCAAUAAACGUGUGCUCACCAUG